AUGUGGCGAACUCGACAUUUGGCAAUUAUCAAUCUCCUUCAAUCUCUUCAACUUCAUCUCAUCUGUUUACAAGAAUUUUGGUUAAAUGAACAAUCAUUUAUUAAAUUAUAUGAAUCUAAUCUUUCUUCGAAGUAUUCAUCUUAUUAUGUUCAACGAACGCACGAUCAUGAUGAUGGUUUAGCGAUAUUUGUCGAUCGAAAUCAUUUUAAAUUUAUUAAUCAAGAAGAUUUACUUCUGAACGAUAUUGGUAAUCGUGUUGGUCUUCUACUCCAUCUUGAAUAUAAAGGAAAAGCUCUCUUAGUUAUAAAUAUUCAUUUAACAUUUCCACACAAUGCGUUUGAUCGUCAUCUACGAUUGACUCAGAUCAAAAAAUUUCUUGAUAUGAUUCACGAAUAUCAGAUGAAAAACAAUCUUUUAUCAGAUAAAUGCUCAAUUAUUCUCUGUGGAGAUUUCAAUUCCUCAUGGGACAACGAUCCUGUUUAUCAAUUAAUCGAGAAACAAUUUCGAUCGUCUUACUUAAUUGUUAAUAAAAACGAACCAAAAGUAACACAUUUGACACAUCGUCGAGAAGAAUUAGGUGUUGAUUUUAUUUUCUAUCAAUCGAAUAUUUUCCAACCAAUUACAAGUGAAUUAAUUCCACGUGGAUGUGAUGUUCACAAAUGGAAUGAUACUAUUGGAUGGACGUUAAGUGAUCAUCGAGCAAUUCUUACAACAUUUCAACUUGAAGAAAAUCAAGAGAAGAUGGAUUUAUGA